AUGCCAAGACAAGCAUAUGCUGUUGUAGAGGUGGUUGAGGCCCCCUCCACGACGCCACACCUCCACGACGCCUACAGCUCCACGACGCCACACCUCCACGACGCCUACAGCUCCACGACGCCACACCUCCACGACGCCUACAGCUCCACGACGCCACACCUCCACGACGCCUACAGCUCCACGACGCCACACCUCCACGACGCCUACAGCUCCCCGACGCCACACCUCCACGACGCCUACAGCUCCACGACGCCACACCUCCACCACGCCACACCUCCACGACGCCUACAGCUCCACGACGCCACACCUCCACGACGCCUACAGCUCCACGACGCCACACCUCCACGACGCCUACAGCUCCACGACACCACACAUCACGACGCCACACCUCCACAACGCCACACCUCCACAACGCCACACCUCCACGACGCCUACAGCUCCACGACGCCACACCUCCACGACGCCUACAGCUCCACGACGCCACACCUCCACGACGCCUACAGCUCCACGACGCCACACCUCCACGACGCCUACAGCUCCACGACGCCACACCUCCACGACGCCUACAGCUCCACGACGCCACACCUCCACGACGCCUACAGCUCCACGACGCCACCCCUCCACGACGCCUACAGCUCCACGACGCCACACCUCCACGACGCCUACAGCUCCACGACGCCACACCUCCACGACGCCUACAGCUCCACGACGCCACACAUCACGACGCCACACCUCCACAACGCCACACAUCCACGACGCCUACAGCUCCACGACGCCACACCUCCACGACGCCACCCCCAUCACCUCAGAGUGAACCCGAUGCCGCGGCGCUUCGCCUUCUAA